CUAUGACUGUUGGUAUCUGUUCUUUAUUGCUUUUAAUUGUUGUCUUUAAGUGAAUGAAAAAUAAUAAAUUAUAUUAGUUCUACUGGGGCAUUGACAGCUUACUAUAACUGAGGGAGGUUCAUGCAGUAUCUGGCCAUCUGGGGCAGAACGAUUAGUUGAACACGAAGUCACUUCUUUGUAGAGAUCUACUGCUUCUCCAUUAAGCAUUCUUCAUUUAUUGGACUUUCGUUUUAUUUUAAGAUUUUUUUUCUUUAUAUUACUACUAGUGAAUUUCUGCUUGUGAUUCUUGAUGGCUGUUCCUGCUUUCAUUUCUCUGUCAACUUGUCUGUUGAACUGUUCCUUGAUACGUAUUAGCAAUCUUUGGUAGUUGAAGUUUUCCAAUUUGAGAACUUUUCUUAUCGUGGUUGUGUGAUACUACAAAUACAAUCACUCUUUUGAAACUUCUCUAUCAAGCCACUGUUUAAUCAUGGCUACAGAUGCUAUUCUGAAUCUGUUGAAGAAUGUGGGUAAGAAGCCCCUCCUGGUAUUCUUCAAGAACUCAAGGAAUAUCUUCGAGAAGGAUGAGCUCGGCCUAGAAAUAGCACAGAUUGCGCUUCCUGCAACACUGGCUUUAGCAGCAGACCCUAUUGCUUCCCUGAUUGACACUGCAUUCAUUGGCCACAUAGGACCUGUGGAGCUUGCUGCUGUAGGAGUUUCUAUUGCUGUUUUCAAUCAAGUAUCAAGGAUUAUGAUAUUCCCACUUGUUAGUGUUACAACUUCUUUUGUUGCUGAGGAAGAUACUAUUGGAAAUUUGAAUGCAGAAGCAAAAGAAGAUGAAAAUCUUGAGGAGGGUUUUGCUGUAAAUAAGGAAAUGGAAGAGCUGAUACCUCUAGUUGAACCUUCAUGCAAGACAUCAUCCAUAAGCCCUAUUUAUACACAGAGGGCAAAAACUGAGCAUGAGAGAAGGCAUAUUCCAUCAGCUUCUGUGGCAAUGGUUAUCGGUACCGUGCUUGGGCUCAUUCAAGCUUUAUUCCUCAUUCUGGCUGCCAAACCGAUCUUAAACUAUAUGGGUGUUAACUCUGAUUCUCCUAUGAUAAAGCCUGCACAACAAUACUUGACAUUGAGGUCACUUGGUGCUCCUUCUCUUCUUCUCUCUUUGGCCAUGCAAGGGAUCUUUCGAGGAUUUAAGGAUACUAAAACUCCAUUAUAUGCAACCACUGUGGGAAAUCUAGCAAACGUGGUAUUAGACCCAAUAUUUAUGUUUGUAUUCCGUAUGGGCGUCAGUGGCGCCGCCAUUGCUCAUGUUAUUUCCCAGUAUUUGAUUUCCCUAAUACUCUUGUGGAAAUUAAUUGAAAAUAUUGAUCUAUUGCCUCAAAGUUUCAAAGAUCUACAAUUUGAUCGGUUUCUUAAAAAUGGAUUUCUGCUAAUGGUAAGGGUAAUAGCUGUCACUUUUUGUGUGACCCUGGCAGCAUCAUUGGCUGCAAGGCAGGGGUCAACAACAAUGGCUGCAUUCCAGAUUUGCUUGCAGAUUUGGCUGGCCACAUCUUUACUAGCAGAUGGACUCGCUGUUUCUGCACAGACAAUCCUUGCAAGCGCAUUCGUGAAGAAAGAUUAUGACAAGGCUAGAACCACUGCCUCUCGCGUGUUGCAGCUUGGCUUCUUUCUGGGGCUAGUGCCCUCAGUCACCAUUAUAUUUGGGUUACCUUAUGCUUCCAGAUUAUUUACAACAGAAGUCAGUGUUUUGCAACUUAUAGGUGUGACCAUUCCGUUUAUUGCAGUGACUCAACCCAUUAAUGCGUUAGCCUUCAUUUUUGAUGGCAUCAACUAUGGAGCAUCAGAUUAUGCAUAUUCUGCCUACUCAAUGGUUGUGGUGGCAGUAAUCAGCAUCCUGUGCUUGUUCAUACUAUCCUCAACUCAUGGUUAUUUUGGCAUCUGGAUUGCUUUAUCCAUUUAUAUGAGUUUGCGUACUUUUACUGGAUUUUUGAGGGUAGGAACUGGAACAGGACCUUGGAGCUUUCUCAGGGUCUGAUUGCUGCCUGGAAUUAGUAUUCUUUCAUUUUCCUAAAUCCAAAUGUUGUUCAUUUGCAUGACUUAUUACAGAAGAACAUCUUAUUGGGUUAAGCAGAAAGGAAAAAGUAUUCGGAAUGAUUCCUUUGCUUUCAUUUCUGCUCCCUUCAAACAGUUUAUGUGGACAGAAUCAGAGUGAUAGCAUAUGUGAAGGCAUUAUCAUUUUUAUCUUUCAAGCCAAAUUAUCAUGUUAUUACCCAAAUUCAACUUCAAAAUUUUGUACAGUCCCGUAUGAUUUCA